ACUUUAGCUAACAAACAUUUUUUAAUAGAAUCAAUCCCAUCCCAUGUGGCUGUGCUUUGUUUGUAAAAAAAAGAGAAAAUUUGUUGACCUAUAUAUUGAGUGAGCUCUUUCUAGCAGUAUUUAUAGUACUAACUUAUACUAGUACUAGUAUUUCAUUUCACCACUAUCUCUCUUUCACUCUUCUCCUGCUAAGGCAGAAAACAUAGUUUUCCUACAUUUCCUUGUCUCCUUUUUCUUAUUGCAGAUCAUCCCUCCCAAGAAAUGACUAAAGAUGAAGACUUUAAACUGCUCAAAAUCCGGACCUUUGUGCUCAGAGUGAACAUACAUUGUGAAGGAUGUGAGCAGCAAGUGAAGAAAAUUCUUCAGAGAAUCGAAGGUGUGUACCAAGUGAGGAUUGAAGCAGAGCAACAAAGGGUGAGUGUUUCAGGCAACGUCGAUUCGGCAACUCUAGUGAAGAAACUGAUGAAGUCCGGCAAACACGCCGAGCUCUGCUCUCCAAAAUCCAACCAAAACCCGAAACAGAACACCGCUUAUAUCAAAGAAAACAAGAAAGCGCGCGUGCCUAAAAACAAAAGUAACGAUGACCAAAUGAUCAAGCAGGAAGACGAGAUGCAGCUGAUCAGGAACAAGAUCAAUCAGCUCUCUCGCCUCAAGCAGCACGUGACGAAUUCCAAUAAUGGGAAAACGAAGAAGAACGUUGCUGGUAAGAAAGGGAAUGAUCAGAUGUCCAACACGAACGACAUGUCUGUAAAUGAUAUUAGUGCAAUGAUGAGUCUUGCCGGUUUUCAUGGGAAUGGUGUUUUGGGAAUGGAAGGGAAUGGGGGAUUUGGAGGACUUGAGCAGCCGCAGCCUAAUGGUUUUUACGCGGGGAGUGAUGCGUUUGUGAGCCGGCAUGGGGGUUACCAGCAGAUGUUGUAUAACCGGAGCGCGUUUGUGCCUCCUACCACCGGUUAUUACUACAACUACGGUGGGGGUGAUUAUGGUGGUGGUGAUGAUCAUGUGUUUAUUGAUGAGAAUGCUGGUGGUUGUAGAGUUAUGUAGUUUUGGAUAAGUUGGAUUUCUUCUUGAAUUUCUUCUGUGUUUUGCCUUAUGAGAGUUUUGAUGAACUAUUUUGAUUUCAUUGUCAAGAUGAAAAUGUUAGCUAAUAGCUAUGAAUCAUAAUCUAUUGCCUCAUUUGUAUCAUCUCAUGUUGUAUCUACUAAUGAUCUAUGUGUUUGAAGAAUAACUUGCUUAGCAAAGUUUUUAUUUUUUGAAAAAAUCACGUUUCUAUA